GAGUUUGUGAUCUCGAGAAAUAAGGGCCUGGCAAAGGGCAGUCAGGAUCCUGAAUUUCUGGAGAGUUUAAGGAAUUACUGGAUGAGAUCCCCUGGGAAGCUGUCCUUAGGGACACGGGAAUGGAACAGAGCUGGCAGCUCUUCCAGUCUGAGAGCACAAGAGCUCUCCAUCCCCUGCAUAAGAAAUCAAGCAGAGGAGGCAGGAAACCAGCAGGAACAAGGAAGUUCUGGUUAAACCAAGGGAGAAGAAGGAAACGUACAGGCAGUGGAAGCAAGAAUGGUGAGUGGUUGGCCUGGGAAGAAUACAGGGAUGCUGUCCAGCUGUGCAGAGAUGGGAUCAGGAAAGACAAGGUGCAGAUGCAACUGAACUUGAAAAGAGAAGUGCAAAAUAGCCAGAAGGGGUUCUACAAGUACAUUGGUCAGCAGAGGCAGGCAAAGAAGAGUAUACCCUUUCUCAUAAAUGAGAAGGAAAAACUGGCUUCAACAGACACAGAGGUUGAAGUACCCAAUAAAUUCUUUACCUCAGUCAUCACUGGCAGUCAGUUUGUGAACCUCUAGGUGGGGUUUGGGGGAGGAAAAUCCCUCCCACUGUAAGAGAAGAGCAACUCUGAGACCUCCUCAUGAGGCUGAACAUGUACAAGUCUAUGCAGCCGGAUGAUGUGCAUCCCAGGGUCCUGAACUGGUUGAUGUGGUUGCCAAGCUACUCACCAUCAUAUUUAAAAGGCCAUGACUGACAGACAGAGUCCCCAGUGGCUGAAAAAGGGAAACAUCACUCCUAUUUUUAAGAAAGGGAGAAAGGAAGACCUGGGGAACUACAGGCUGGGAAGACUCAUCCAUAUACCUGGGAAGAUCAUGGAACAGGUCCUCCUAGAAGCUAUAUUAAAAUACAUACAAGAUGGGAAGGUAAUCCAUGACAGCCAGCCUGACUUCACCAAGGGCAGAUCAUUUUUUGACCAAUCUGGUGUUCUUCUAUGAUGGAGUGAUGGUGUUGGUGGACAAAGGAUGGGCAACUGAUGUCAGCUACUUAGACUUGUGCAAGGCGUUUGGCACAGGUCCACACCACAUCCUUAUCUCUACAUGGUAUGGAUUUGAAGGGUGGACUAUUUGAUGGAUAAAGAACUGGUUGGAUGAUCACAGGCAGAGGGUUGUGGUCAGUGGCCCUCUGUACUCUUUAAAAAGGGCAUGUAGAAUGCUAAUCUGUUUUGUUGUCACUUGGUUGUUUUUAAUUGAUUUAUGUCUCUUUUAAACUUGGGAAUUGCAAGUGAAGUAAAAUAGUUCUCAUAACAUCUUUGGAAAAUAAUACUUUGAAGAGUAACAGAGAGCAGCCUAGGAGGAAAAUGCUUCCUACAGGACUUGCACAUUCUGAGGUGAUGGUGUUUACAUGGUGCAGCCCUGAAUCAUUUAGAGAUUCUGCUAAUAUAUGUAUCCACUGACUGACCAAUACAUUGACCUUGAAAAACAGUAUUAACACAGCAGACUUUGGUCAAAAUCUGAGUAGUGAAAGAAGAGUGAGAGUGAGCUGGUGGGUAGGAAUCACUGCUCUAACAUGCAGCAAGUGGCUUAGUGUUGGCAGCCAUGCUCCAGCUCUGAGGUGGGAAAAAGACUUACAGCUCCUCAUAGGCCCUGCUUUAGUUGUGAAACCAACUGAUGGCAAAAUUACAGUAGGAAGUACCAUUUGGGGAUUUACAUCAGAUAACAAAUGUGCCUUUGUAAGAAAAUGCCUCAGAGCCAGUCAUGCAAGAGCAAGAGGGAAAUGGAACGGUGUCUGCAAGGGCAGGGAGGGCCCAGCACGAGUCAGAAAGCAAAAGAAAAGCGUCUUCUUUGCACCAGAGAGCGAGGCACAAUCUCUGUCCUUGUGCUCGUUAAAUACAAGGACAGUUUUUGCCCUGUACAAGAUCAGGAUUAGCUAUUUCAAAACAUGGAGCAAAGCACAGGCUAGACCCAUUUUCCACCAUGUGCUACAGCUCAGCUGGCACAGCAGCACUGUACAAAGAAAACAUAUUUUCUUCCUUCAGUAAAAAGCACAAUCCUACUACGCUUCCAUUUUAAACUAAUUGUAUAUUGGAGUAUAAAGCAGAUAAUUUUAAAGACAGAUUUUUCAUUCCCAGGCUGGAGAUGAUUCCAUUUUCCAGCUGCUGGAAAACAUCGUUAGCUGAUCCUGGAAUGGACUCUCGUGUGAGAACUGCCUCAUUACCAUCAAGUGUUGCCAGCUCUUAGUUUUGUGUUCUGCUUCAUAAAUUCCAAAAGGCAGCUCAAUGUGUUUAGGAACUAUUUCCCUGUUUUAAAAGGAACCAGAGUCUAUUCCAGGACCCAAGCCAGUUCCCUUACAGUUUAAAUGAAGACAGAUUGCCAUGAGCUUAUUUCAAAAAAUGAAGAAAAAGUUUUUGCAAAACAAUUUCUUUCUUCUCUCUCUCUCUCUCUCUCUCUCUCUCUUUUAAAGAAACAAAAAAUUGCCCUUUAUGUCUUUGGAGAGCCAUGAAUAAGCCCAGCAAAACUGGACCAUUAUAUGUGCCUGUUGGUCAGGUAUUACCAUCAUAAUAUUUUUUUCCCUAGGCAGAAAGUAAGGAGUCAGAAGCCAUUCCCUCUGAUUCUACAUACCAGCGGGGUUCAAUUUACUCCAAAUCAAGGUGGAACUGCUGUGGAGGGACUAAUGAUGAGCUUCUGGAACUGAUGUGCCAAGGUGUAUAUUUCUCCUCGGGGGCAGUCCAGUGGAACACAGGUCCUAAAAGAAGCUGUGAAGAAACAAGGGAAUAUAACCAAUGGCUUAGCUGCACACGGCUGACUCCUCAGUGACUGGAGAGCGGAGUAGAGGAUAAUCCCACUCAUCCACUGAAGAAAGUAUCACACAGAAGUCUAUCCUUAUAGCAAAAGCUCAUUUCUAUCCUCAACAUAAUUCAUAAACUUCUUGCUAUGAUUUAGCCAGCAGGCUGAGGCCAUUAUCUGAGUAAGGAAGUGGUCCUGUAAGAGCUGCGCUGAGCAAUUGAGAAAUGGGCCUGCAUGUUUGCUCCAAAAGAUGCCAAGAGACAGGAAGUUUUUUUCUGUGCAGGAAGGAAAUUCCAUAUCCUCACUGGAAGGGCUUAGUCAGCGAGACAAGGAACACGUAAAACAUACCAUAAAAGAAGAAAACUCUCAGACUGCUCCAGUCAAAGCACCAGGACUGUGUUGGAUGGGAAGGAAAAAUGAAUUCCAAAAUGAGGAAUCUCCACUGACCUCGCCCCUUCCCAGGCUCUAUACAAGAACGUCACUGCUGAUUUUGACAAGUCAGUAAAAAAAGGGUGAUGGACGCUCCCAGGCUCUGCAUCUGAUGUUCUGGUUUCCACCAGCUGCUCUUCAGGAAAGGACUACUCAACAUCUGAAAACUGCUGUUCUUUCGAAAGAGACAGAAAGCAUGCAUCCAGGUCUCAAAUUCCUGGUGUGGAUCCUUCUUUAAUUGUGCAGCAACGGAUAUUGCUUAAAUUAUGGAUAAUCCGCUGCAUAAAUUGUCCUUCUAUUUCAUAAAGCUUCCCAUCCAUGUAAUUUGGAAACUUGCAUUGAGAGUGAAAGUCAAGAGGAUUCAAGAAAAGGUUGCACGUCUUGAGCAAAUCCCUGAUGGUGACAAUGAGACAAUGAUUCCUGUACUGUCCUCAAAAAAAGCAAGUGAAUUGCCAGUUGAUGAAGUUGCAAGCAUUCUGCAAGCUAAUCUUCAGAAUGGCUUGAAAAACUGUGAAGUGUGUCAUAGACGGGCAUUCCAUGGAUGGAAUGAAUUUGAUAUUAGUGAAGAUGAACCUCUCUGGAAAAAAUAUAUUUCCCAGUUUAAAAAUCCCCUUAUAAUGCUUCUCCUGGCAUCUGCGGUCAUCAGUGUUUUAAUGCAUCAGUUUGAUGAUGCUGUCAGUAUCACUGUGGCAAUACUGAUUGUUGUUACAGUUGCCUUUGUUCAGGAGUACCGAUCAGAAAAAUCUCUUGAAGAGCUUAGUAAACUUGUGCCUCCAGAAUGCCAUUGUGUGCGAGAAGGUAGAGUGGAACACACGCUUGCGAGAGACUUAGUUCCAGGUGAUACAGUCUGCCUGUCUGUUGGAGACAGAGUCCCGGCUGAUCUACGUUUAUUUGAGGCUGUGGACCUCUCUAUCGAUGAAUCCAGCCUCACAGGUGAGACGGCUCCCUGCGCUAAAUCUACAGCUCCUCAGCCAGCAGCUACCAAUGGAGACCUCACUUCAAGGAGCAACAUUGCUUUCAUGGGAACAUUGGUCAGAUGUGGGAAAGCAAAGGGCAUUGUUAUUGGAACAGGAGAAAACUCUGAAUUUGGGGAGGUUUUCAAAAUGAUGCAAGCAGAAGAGGCUCCAAAGACACCGUUGCAGAAGAGCAUGGAUCUCUUAGGAAAACAGCUUUCUUUGUAUUCCUUUGGUAUAAUAGGAGUUAUUAUGCUGGUUGGCUGGUUGCAAGGAAAGCAUAUCCUUGAUAUGUUCACAAUUGGCGUGAGUUUGGCUGUAGCUGCAAUUCCUGAAGGACUCCCAAUUGUAGUAACAGUGACGCUGGCCCUUGGUGUGAUGAGAAUGGUGAAGAAACGGGCUAUUGUAAAGAAACUGCCUAUUGUUGAAACUUUGGGAUGUUGCAAUGUAAUUUGUUCAGAUAAAACUGGGACUCUGACAAAGAAUGAGAUGACGGUUACUCACAUUUUUACUUCAGAUGGGCAGCAUGCUGAGGUUACCGGGGUAGGUUAUAACAGGUUUGGAGAUGUGAUGCUUGAUGGUGAAGUUAUUCACGGUUAUAACAACCCAUCUGUUAGCAAAAUUGUUGAGGCUGGCUGUGUCUGCAAUGAUGCUCUGAUAAGAAACAACACCUUAAUGGGGAAGCCAACCGAAGGGGCUUUAAUUGCACUGGCAAUGAAGAUGGGUUUAGAUGGGCUCCAGGAGGACUAUAUAAGGAAGGCUGAAUAUCCCUUCAGCUCAGAGCAGAAAUGGAUGGCAGUUAAAUGUGUUCACAGAACACAGCAGGACAAACCAGAGGUUUGCUUUAUGAAAGGUGCUUACGAACAAGUCAUUAGGUAUUGUACAUCAUAUAACUGUAAGGGGCAGACCCUACCUCUUGUUCAGCAACAAAGAGAGCAAUAUCAGCAAGAGAAGACGUCUAUGGGCUCUGCAGGACUUAGGGUUCUGGCUUUAGCUUCUGGUCCUGAGUUAGGGCAGAUGACCUUUUUGGGACUUGUGGGAAUAAUUGAUCCUCCACGGACUGGUGUAAAAGAAGCUGUUACUACACUUAUUAUGUCGGGAGUUGCAAUAAAAAUGAUUACUGGAGAUUCACAGGAGACUGCAGUUGCCAUUGCUAGUAGACUAGGAUUGUAUUCCAAAAAUUCACAGGCAAUCUCUGGAGAAGAAAUAGAUGAUCUGGAUAUCCAGCAGCUUUCUCAAAUAACACCUAAGGUUGCAGUAUUUUACAGAGCCAGUCCCCGGCAUAAAUUAAAAAUUAUAAAGUCCUUGCAAAAUAAUGGCGCAGUAGUAGCUAUGACAGGAGAUGGAGUGAAUGAUGCUGUUGCUCUGAAGGCUGCAGAUAUUGGUGUAGCAAUGGGACAAACUGGAACAGAUGUUUGUAAAGAGGCAGCAGAUAUGAUCCUUGUGGAUGAUGAUUUUCAGACAAUAAUGUCUGCCAUUGAAGAGGGUAAAGGAAUUUAUAAUAACAUAAAAAAUUUUGUUAGAUUUCAACUGAGCACGAGUAUAGCAGCAUUGACUUUAAUCUCACUGGCUACAUUAAUGAACUUUCCUAAUCCUCUCAAUGCCAUGCAGAUCUUAUGGAUCAAUAUCAUUAUGGAUGGGCCUCCAGCUCAAAGCCUUGGGGUGGAGCCUGUGGAUAAAGAUGUUAUUCAGAAGCCUCCAAGAAAUUUGAAGGAUAGCAUUCUGACCAAAAACCUGAUUGUUAAAAUACUGGUGUCAUCGAUAAUUAUUGUGUGUGGAACACUGUUCGUCUUCUGGAGAGAGCUAAGAGACAACGUAAUAACACCUCGAGAUACAACCAUGACCUUCACCUGUUUUGUAUUUUUUGAUAUGUUCAAUGCUUUGAGUUCUAGAUCUCAGACAAAAUCUGUGUUUGAGAUUGGACUUUGCAGUAACAAAAUGUUUUGCUAUGCUGUCCUUGGAUCUAUAAUGGGGCAGUUAUUGGUCAUUUACUUUCCUCCACUUCAGAAAGUUUUCCAAACAGAGAGCCUGAGUGUCUUGGAUUUACUGUUUCUUCUGGGACUCACUUCCUCUGUCUGCAUAGUGACUGAGAUCAUAAAGAAGUUUGAGAGAAGCAAGGAAAAGAUCCAGAAACAUGGAAGUUCUUCUUCGUCAACUUCGUCUUUUCUUGAUGUAUGAUGCAUAUUGCAUUCUUUUGUUUGCAAACUUAGGGAUUGCUGUCUGAAGAUGUAGGAGAAAGCAAAACAAUAUUGGGAGGAUUAAGAAGUCCUGAGGGCUUUUGACAAGUCCUUUGUUUCACUGGCUAAUGAUGAACAUUGAUGUUUCAAGACUGUUUAGAAUUUAACUUCCAGCUGUGGGAGUAACAAAUGAAAUUAUGCAACUUUGGUAACAUUUUUCCUCAAACCAAUUUACUUUUGAGAUUGAAUGGGAUUUUGUGUGUGGGGGGGUUAAUUUAAAGAAAGAUCUAAGCCCAAGUCCCAUUUUCUGCACUUAGAGAUAUAAUUGUAUAAAACUCUUCUCUUAGAUAUAAAUAUUUUAGUUUGUUUUUAUUUAAAACAUUGUACUAUUUUACUUUUACGGUGGUGGGACUUUGCUACUAAUACAAGGAUUAAAAAGAUAUUUCAGAGGCAUUCCACUGGGUUUAGUCUGUCACAAGAGUGCCAUAUUCUAGAUACUGUAUUUAUUUCCUUUAUCCUGCAAUGUGUAAGCGGCUCAAGUACCUUGUGCUACAGUUUUUUUUGUAUCCAGAGGUUUUUUCUUUUUGCACAGGAUGUGACCGCUGUCGGAUCACUGUUUUUUCUUUUUCUGUGAUUGAAAAGCCUAUACUGCAAUUUGAAGUAAAUGUUUGCUUUUCUUAUAA